AUGGCCAACAACCUCCGUCCUAAGAUCGACACAACAACAUCAUCUACAGCCGCGAAGCAGGCAGAUGCACUGUCAAAGAUACCACAAGAAUGGCGUCUACCAGCGGACAUACUCCAAAAAGUUUCAGUAACAUCGGACAUCAGCGUCAUGGAUGUCCCGAGCACUUGUGGGAUCCUCGACUCGACUGAAAUCGAGAUUACGGAAAAUUACACUGCAACGGUCUUAGCAAAUAAGAUAGCCACGGGGGUAUUCAGCUCUCUACAAGUUGCCCAGGUUUUCUGCAAACGUGCUGCAAUAGCCCAACAACUCACAAACUGCCUCACAGAAACCAUGUUUCCCGAAGCCAUUGAGCGCGCCAAGUUCCUUGACAAAUACCUCAUAGAUAAUGGAAAACCGCUGGGGCCUUUACAUGGGCUACCUAUCAGCGUCAAGGAUGGCUUCAACAUCAAGGGAGUGCCAUCGACUCUUGGCUACAUUCUAUUCCAGAGUUAUCCGGUACCAGAGGAGAACUCCCCAGUCAUUGACAUUCUACUAUCACUUGGAGCCAUUAUCCAUGUGAAAACGAAUGUUCCGCAAACCAUGAUGGCUGCAGAAACCCACAAUAACCUGUUUGGUCGCACUUUGAAUCCCCGAAGACUAUCACAUACCGCAGGAGGAAGCAGUGGUGGAGAAGGCGUUUGCGUGGCGAUGAGGGGAUCAAUCAUUGGGCUCGGGACAGACAUCGCAGGGUCCAUCAGAAUCCCAAGCCUUUGCAAUGGAACUUAUGGCUUCAAACCUUCCGCAAAUAGGAUACCCUAUGGUGGACAGUCUUCGUCAGGAAGAAAGGGCGGACCCGGGGUGAAGGCAUCCGCAGGACCACUGGCAAAUAGCGCUGAAGACUUGCACUUGCUGUUCAAGUCGAUCAUAUGUGCAGAUCCAUGGCAACACGACUCUGCGGCUAUCGCAAUGCCAUACAAGAAUAUUGCCAGAAAGACGAGCCUACGACUAGGCUUCAUCGCAGAAGAUCCGGCUCACCCAGUUGCGCCACCAAUCGCCCGAGCUCUCGAAACAGCAUUCCAGAGGCUCGCCGCCGCUGGGCAUGAGGUUGUGAAGAUGAGCGAGUUCCCUUCACCCGCCGAGGCGGCGAAUCUAUGUUGGAGCUUUUAUUUAACGGAUCCGCAAAAUACUACUUCCAAAAUCAUUGAACAAGGCGGAGAGCCCAAAGUUCCAGCAAUCUCUUUGACAUGGGAGAAUCCGAAACUCCCAAAUGUUGACAUGGAUGAGUACUACAACAUCAACACAAAACGGCGAGAAUUGAAGGCGGAGUGGCACAAGAUGUUCGUUGAGCAAAAGUUCGACGCUGUCAUGCUUCCUGCGUAUAUGGACACGGCACCCGCACACGACAAGUAUGGGACUGUCUGCUACACGGCAUUCGCAAAUCUGCUCGAUUAUCCGGCAGCGGUGAUUCCGUUCGAAGUCGCGAAUCAAGAAAAGGACCUACCAAACCCUACUGUUCCGAACUUUCCUGGAAACGUCCGCCUUUGCAGUACAGGCUCCGACACAACGAAGAAUGGGUAG